AUGUCUAGCAGCGGUUUGCUCUCUUUGGCCGGCUGGGCCUUUCUGCCGGGCCUUGUCACAGGAUGGAUUCAAGCCUUCUGGUACAGUUUUACCAUUCGAGCGGGUGAUCCAAAACCUCAGCCGGGAUCCCCAAAGUAUGCGCUCCAUCGACGGCGCAUUCAUAUUAUGGUCGUGAGCGCUUACCUCCUUUACACAAUCUACGAAGCAGAUUGGGAGAUUCGACGAGCGGGCGAUUUCUACCAGGAUCUUGGUAUACCACACUCUGCCAGCGAGAGAGAAAUCAAAUCAAGGUUCCGGAGAUUAGCAGCUAUUCACCAUCCCGACAAGGUGUCCUCUUCCUCUCCAAGCUCGGAAGGCUACUUUGUGCACCUGAAACUCGCCCAAGAUACGCUCCUCAACCCCGUGAAAAGAUUCGCAUACGAGCGUUUUGGCCCCGAAAUCUUAAGCUGGCAACGUUGCUCGAGCAUCCGGGACUACCUCCUCCAGGGCCUGCUAUCCAUCCUCACCUACUAUGGCUCCACCGCCAUUGCCCUCUAUAUGCUCAACCUUUUUGGUUACCUAGAAUGGGGGAAAUAUUGGCGCUGGCUUGCGGUCAUCAUCGUGUGUGUCUUCGAACUACACACGAUUUCUAGGCCCUAUUUUCCUCCUUUUGCGGCUAAGUUCUUGAAUCCUCUUCUCACAACCUUCACGAGCCACCCCCCGUACCUCCCCUUCCAAGUCAUCCAACUGCUGCGGAAAAUAUCAGUCACAAUGUACAUUGCAAUUACGCAAAUCUGGCCCCUAAUUCAAUCAUUGUCCGAGAAUUCACAAUCUACGGCUACCUCUGCAUCACUCGAUCAACAGUUGAACAGGCUGGAAGCUACGGCGAAAGCAACUGAUAUCGAAACGGCGAGGCUGGUGGAAAUGGAGAUGAGUCCCUUUCGAGAGGAGCGGGCGUUGGAAGCUAUGAAAGGGAAGGUAAAGGAGUGGUUGGUCCGGAAUACUAUAAACAGUGACCCGGAGGUCAGGGAUGCGAUUGGGAGGAGUUUCCAGAAGAGACGAACAGAUGCCCCUGCUGGAGCGAGGGGCAACAGAUAG